AUGUCUACGCCGACCAACCCCUCGAAUGGGCGCACACAGACGGGGCCUCAUGGAGCUCCCCCCAUGCGAAUGCGUCGCCCUAAAGCUGCCGACCCCUUGGUUCGCCCAAAGAGAAGGCCAGUGAGACCAGUAGGAGCUGCUCCAGCAGGAGUUAUUCCGCCGGGCACCACAGCUACCAAGACUCUUCCCUCGCGACCUAUGAUUCCCAACACCUUACCGGUAUCGCAGCCACUGGAGCGGCCUCGACUAGCCGCUGUAAGAGAUGAUCACGCCGUGAAUGGAUUCAGCGGCCCCCUUCUUUCCGAGAAAUAUGUCGACUAUCCGGUGGUGACGACGAAACGAGCCCUGCGCGAGGGACUGAAGAACCACAUCGCUCGCUUUGCCGCCAAGCGAGUUGUCGACCCACGCGAUGAAUCCCAAUUCACGCGACCCGUCAGGCUGCAGCGUCGAGACCCACGCCCCCGAAAUCAGGAUCACAAUGCGGAAAGAAUGGUAGGUCCCGAUGGGCAACAACUUGAUGAGGCAGAGCGAGAAGCUCUCGACGCCAAGAGAGCUGCACGGGAGAAGGAGCGCGCCGAAAACCUCGCACAGAUCGCCCCUUCGGUCGGAUCAACCGCGAAGCGACCAAAUGCCCCGAAGCAAAAAACACAACAAGUUUUCAAGUCUGAUAUGACCCCCGAGGAGAUUGCGAGAGCCCGGAUCAAAUAUGAGGAGGCGCUACCUUGGCACCUUGAGGACUUUGACAAUCGUAAUAUCUGGGUGGGUAACUACGAAGCUGCUCUAUCGGAGACCCAUGCAGUGUUCGUCCUUGAUAACGGCAAGAUGCGCAUGAUUCCCGCUGAAAAGUGGUACAAAUUCAGCGCCAAGAGUCAUUUUAAGGCCCUGACGAUUGAAGAAGCAGAAAAAUUUAUGGCGAAGCGGGUGAAGGAUCCGCGAUGGUUCAUGGAAAAACAAGAAGAGGUGGCACAGCAGAAGGAGUUAGAAAAAUUUGCUAAAUCGCGGAAGGUCUACGCCGGAAAGCAGGGUGUUCUGGCCGGACGAGAGGGCCUCGAAGCCAGUGAGAUGGAUUUUGAAGAAGACCGCUUCGCAGACGACGAGGAACAUGAUGAUCUUUUCAAUGAACAAGAUGAAGACACCAAGGCUGCUGAAAAACGAAUCAAAGAUGACCAACUCAAGGCGAACGUCUUUGACCUUAAGGAAGAAAAGGAUUAUGAAGAGGAAGAACAGCGAGAAAAGCGAGAACGUGAAGCCCGUCACAAGCUUGGGAAAAAGAUGCGCAAAGCUCUGAAGAAGAGAGAAAGGAAUUUUGACUACAGCAGUGGUUCAGACGCUAACCCAUAUAGCGAAGAGGAGAGCUCCGACGACAGUGAAACCGAACGGUUGAAGGAGGAGGAACGGAAAGCCGAGGAGGAAAAGAAGGAGAAAGAGAAAGAAUUGGGUGCAUCGUUACCCAAAGGAGCCACUACGCCGUCCGGUCGUCCGAAGCAUACCGACCCUCUCAAGAAAUCCACCGCAUCUCGCAAGCGACUCGGCUCGCCUGGUGGCUCCGAUGCUAGUGGCACCGAUACUUCCCGAAAGAAGGUCAAGAACAAGCAUUCGUCUGCUCACCAGACACCACAGCCUACCUCAAGGCCAAUUUCGCCCUCUGGUGUGCAAGCUGGCAAGAAACGAGUCCGCAAUAUCCCCAUGGGGGGUUCUGGUUCUGGCAGCGAUAUUGAUGCUGCAUCUGGUGCUGAGAUGAGCGAGAGUGGCAAAUCCAAGAAACUGAAGCUCAAUCCGCCUUCCGGUGGCUCUCGGGGGGCCACGCCGCAGGGAUCCCGGGCAGCUAGCCCUAUUGCAGGCAAUCAAAGCUUCUCUGGAAGCCGCGCUAGCAGCCCCGACGGAGGACGUUCGACACCCGGGCCAGUUGGAAACAUAUCCUUCCCAACACCUGCAGAGAUUCAUGCAUCUAUCCCGGCAACGGGUAUUACCACCGUUGAACUUCUUCGGAUUUUCCGCCCCCGUAUCGGCGAUAACAAGGAAAUCCACCGUCGCUUCAUUGGCAUCGUCAAAGAUGUCAGUGUUUACGGCAAAGACGACCGAUUGCUUCGACCUGGUCCUUGGAAGGGGACAUAA